GGCUAGUCCCACUAAUAGCCGCUUGUUCCUGUCAAUUGUUGACACCUAGGCAAUAGUUAUUGAACUUCAUCCUCGUCCUCACCUGCCAUCCUCGUUAGAAAUCAGCAGGUGCAAUCGUGCUGGUCGAUGAGAAUAAGGUUUUAAGAACCAGUCGCGAUUGAUUUCCCAGAAUUACAACAAAAUCUCAAAAAAGAAAAGAAAAACCUAAACAGAUACAACCACAAAAAUGGAACAUCAACCACCUAAAUCCCACAUCAAUUUGUGGCAAGCUUUGUUAGGAUGGACGGACAAGACGUCAUCGCGUUUACCAGAGAUGCUGCUCGAAACCCGCACACCGGUACCAUCAUUAACAAGAUUGAAGAUAUCUUAGAAAACAUAGUUGAUGCGCUUAGCGAGAACCGAGUACUCACCAUUCCGCUACGUAGUCGCCAUUCCGGUAAUGUGAGACUGAUUAGAUUCCCAGCAAAUACGAAUGCCGAGGUAAAGAGGUUUACCUGUCUCCUUCAAAUUCUUCAUAUCUGCCACGAGGCACUAGUUUCCGGCCACCUUAUAACCAAAAGAAGUGUUUACUACCAAAAUCCAGAUCUAUUUGGUAGCCAACAAUAUGUUGAUCAUCUUGUUGAUGAUAUUGCUUUUACCUUCGGGUUUGGCAGAAACUCGCUAAAUAUCGUCGCUGCCUACAAGGGACUUAUCGCAGGCGCCAUUGUCAUCACCUUGAAUGAUGACUCUACACUUGAUUGUAGCUCGGGUAGCAACGACACCCUAAUUCCACAUGCCGAAGCCAUUCAACGAUUAGACAUGGCUCGAGCAAGAUGGAUCAUGAUCAUAGAAAAAGAGGUUGGACUCUACAAGCUAUUGACAGGCAAAGGUUACCCGGACCUAGUGACACGGCAGUUACUCCACAUGUUUCGUUCAUCUUUUCCGCAUAUUCCUAUUUAUGCACUUGUCGACUUUGAUCCUAGUGGCAUCGAGAUCAUGCUUACCUACAAGCGUGGAAGUCGGAGUCUUCGUCACGAGCUGAAUGUCACAAUUCCUGAGCUUUCAUGGCUUGGACCCAAAAUUGGUGACAUUCUUUGCCAUUGUCACCAUGUUUACCCAACGGGUCAACAUAUAGACUCCACGCCACCUUCGAGUCCCAACAGUUCUCUCUCCUUUCCGCCUCACAGCCGUGUUCAAUCCGCGAAUUCCUUCGGCGUUUCUUCUCAUUUAACAGCAUCUGACCGACGAAAAGCGGAGGGUCUCUUGCGAAAGCUCGGCAAUGAGCAGGGCCAGGGUGCGGAUAAGUUAGAACUUGCUCAUGAACUACAGAUGAUGCUCGUUCUGAAUGUCAAGGCCGAGAUCCAAGCGGUUGAUGAUGCUGGUAACAUAAGUCGCUGGCUAGACGAGAAACUACUAAGUCGUCGACAAUAGAGCCAACCAGGUAAGCACGGGCAUUUCUGUAGCUGUCCGCCCCUAAAAUAUCGUGUAUUCUAGGUAAAUACCGAAUAUACUAGGUAUGUUGUGGGAUAAAACCAAACGUAUGAAUUACUUUGCCACGGAGUUAGGUAGGACUGCUCACACAGUUGGCGCUUCGCUCCAUCACGUGAUCCACACAUGAAGCCUAAUUCUCUAGAACCCAACCGAACAAGAAGCCGAUAAACUCGUCGUUAAAUAAUUCAAACUUGAAAUAUUCCGGCCCAAUAAAUCAUUAAAAUCACAUCAAUAGUCGUUGAUUGACAGAAUCAAUUGAUUUUGUCGACUUGAUCAAAAGUAACAUUACUUUCCCCUCGUC